AUGAUUUCGUCUUCUCAGGCCCUAGACCUGAUUCGGGACAGAAAUCUUCAGAUGCUGACAGAUUCUUGCUUGGAAGGACAGCUUUCUGAUGAUGCCACUGAGUUGGUACGGUUGGCUUCACGAUGUUUACAAUCUGAACCCCGAGAGCGACCAAAUCCAAAGUCAUUAGUUGCUUCUUUGACACCUCUUCAAAAGGAAACUGAGGUUCCCUCUUUUGUUUUGAUGGGUAUUCCAAACAGUACCUGCUGCUCUCCUCUUUCACCACUUGGCGAAGCCUGCUCAAGAAGGGAUUUGACUGCUAUACAUGAGGUCCUAGAGAAUAUCGGCUAUAAAGAUGAUGGAAUGACAAAUGAGCUCUCGUUUCAAAUGUGGACUGACCAAAUGCAGGAAACAUUAGAUUCAAAGAAAAAGGGGGAUUCUGCUUUUAAGCAGAAGGACUUUAGAACCACAAUUGAGUGUUAUUCACAGUUCAUUGAUGUUGGAACCAUGGUUUCUCCAACAAUUUUUGCCCGGCGUGGUUUGUCUUAUCUCAUGAAUGACAUGCCUCAGGAAGCUCUGAACGAUGCAAUGCAAGCUCAAGUAAUUUCCCCAAUAUGGCACAUUGCAUCUUAUCUUCAGGCUGCUGCCCUUUCUUGGACAAUGAAGCACAAGCAGCACUGA